AACUUUAGGUUCACAACAAAAAUUUCCCAAUUUCAUGAAAUUUUGCAUCCCACCGACCACGACAAAAAAACCACUCCCACACUCACAGGGCUCCCCUCGCAAGAAGACACCCCCCGUGGCUCGCUCAACACCCACACAACACAAUUUCUGAGACUCAUAAUGUCAGCAAUGGAUGUUGGUGACCUGGAUGGAGGUGAAAUCACUUUUGAAAUUGCAGAUGGAACUGAAUUUGUAAUGAACUCUGAAGGACGACACGUCCAAGUCAUCGACUUGGGUGAUUCAGGUAUCAGCCAAGAGGUAGAAGUGGUCACAAUCGAAGCUCCAAUUUCAUCUAGAAACACGACAUUGUCAGCAUCCUCCCAAGGCAGGAAACCCCUUAAACAUCCGACGACAACCUCAAUGAAUUUACAAAGCUUGCUUCGUGGGAAAAGCGCUCCAGCAUUGUUGAGAAAUUCUAGGCGGCUACAGACUGCAGAACAAGUUAAUUAUAUAGGGAAAACAGUUUCUUAUUCCUCCACCGGCAAUAACAAAGGAAAACCGUCUUCGUCUUCUGGAGCAUCGAGGACUUCGUCAUCACGGUCUUCUAUUCAGGUUAAAACCACAAUGUCCUCCAAUUCGUCAAAUCAAAACAACCUUCAGCAUGCAGUUCUUUUGGAUGAGCAUGGCCAACCUACUGAUGAAGUAGUUGUCCUUCAAGCGAAUGAUUCCGGCGAGUAUAAUAUUGUUGAACGUAUGCCAAAAGAGUCAAACAGUGGCCUUGAUUUUGUUAACUUAUCCUCCAUGGAAGGGACCCGAAAUGAAGAUGAUCAACAAGAGUCUAAUUUUCAACAACAUGGACAAACCAUAAUAAUUUGCCAAGACGGUGACGACCAACAUCAGUUUCAACAGUUGGUUGAGGAUGAACACGGGAACUUGAUUCCGGUUGAAAAUGGUAUGCCCUUACAGAUGGAAGACGGAACAAUAUACUAUCACGAUGAUUCUGUAUAUGACUCUUCCACAACGUCAACCAGUUUCUUCUUGACUGACACACGCUCUGUAAAAUCUAAAAAGAAAUCCAGAAAACCGCUACAAGUUAUGAUCGGACCGGAUGGACAACCUUUAAAAAAGAAAGGACAGACAGAACUUAAGUGUAUGGAAAAGGGUUGCUUUAUGACAUGUUACAACGUAGCAGAAUUACGUAAACAUUUGACCAUCAGCCACGGGUUUCACUUUGAUGAAGAAGUAGUUCAGUUCUCCAGCGACAAAGAUUUUAAAACUUGGCGCGAGACGUAUGAGAGAGAACGCAUGGUUAGUUUUAUAUACCGUGGAGGCACUAAAAAGGUUGCGAGAGAUCAGGCCGUUACUUAUUUAGUCUGUCACCGAUCUGGACAUUAUAAGCCAACAAUGAGCAGUGAGACACCAAGAAAAAGAAAAUUAAAACCUCAAGGAAGUUGUAAAAUGGGGGGAUAUUGCACUGCGGGUAUUAAGCUCAUGAAGAAUAUAGAAACUGGAAUCGUAAAGAUGGAAAUUUGUCACUCACACUAUGGUCAUCCGCUGGAUAGUGAUGCCAUACCACAUUUGAGAGUCACUCCUACUUUGCGAAAGGUCAUUCUAACAAAAUUUAAAGCAGGACUUUCGUUUACCGAAGUGUUGGCAUACAUUCACCAUAACCCAGAUCGUCUAGAAGGUUUGCGCCUCGUUGAUCGCAGAGCUGUAAGAAAUAUAUAUGACACUUGGAAGCACCCAAGCCGACGAUCCAGACAAGUUCAAAAAGAUAUUGAUGAGCUGUCCGACACCGUUGACACCCCAUCGAUGAUAAAGAAAAAAACAACAAAUAAGAAUGAUGAUGACCGAGACGAAUCGAUUGAUAAUGACGAAUUUGUUGAAAAACGUGAUGACGAGUCCGAGAGUGAAAUUGAUAUGAAUGAAAUGGAAAAGAAACCAAAGCUUAACAUUAAGACAAAAAUGUCACCAUUGUCAAAAACUAAGCCAAGAAUGUCUGGUACAGUAGAUGAUGAUAACAACGAUGAUGAUGAUGAUGAUGGACCACCUGUCUUGGUCCCUGUUGAAAUCAAAGAAAAGUUUCAAGUUAAUACUGUAAAAGAAACUCGAUCUAUGCGGUCAAACAAGAUGAAACCUCUUUCCCAACAGCCAUCGACAUCUGUUGCCACCCCUGAUACUCCUAAAUCCCAGGGUUCAUAUGGAUUGAGGCCAAAUAGGAAAGUACAAGUAUACAAACACGAAAAAACUAAACGUAAUCGAAAUUCGUCCGAACAUGAUAAAGGUAAUGAUGGACAUGGAGAAGCCGCAGUGGCGAAACCAGCGUUGCCAGCAAAGACUACCAAACGCAGCAUUACUAAAAUAAAUUUAAAAAAGAAUAUCAAAAUUGAGUCGGCUGAAUCGUCGUCAGAUGUUGAAGAGCCUAUAGCUCCCUUACCUCCGAUGAUUAUUAGUGAGGUUUUGGAACAAGCAAUUGAAAAACUAUUGGACCAUGGAGAUUCUGGCCCCACAGUUCUGCUAUACAAACCACUAGGUCGCUCGUCAAAAUAUGGAGAAGUAAAACGGGAACUUCGCAGAAAUGACUUUUGUGUAGUUUUACAAACUCCAGUGCAGAGACAAUUGUUACAAAUGUUUCCAAGUAUCCUCGGGUAUGACACGAUCGCAGCCACAAAAGCCUCCCAUCGACACCUCAAAUUAGCGUUUUUGAUGGUUUUGGACGAGUUUCAUGAACCAAUACCUAUUGCCUGGCUGCUGACGAAUUCCUUGGAUUCUCGCGUAUUAUCAAGCUUCUUUAGAUCACUGAAACGAGAAUGUGGAGACCUUGCAACUAAAUACAUAAUGGCACCAAGAUUUUCAGAGGCUUAUAAAACUUGGUGCACAAUUUUCACUGACACACCCCGUAAUGUUUUAAGUGACGUUGAAGUCCGACGUGACCUGAAAGCCCUGGUGUGGAAUGAAUUUAGCACUGACAGAGGGAGACGUGAGGUUUGGGAACUAGUGGAAUCCUUAAUUAUUGAAAAACGCGUCGACCAUUUAGACAUUAGUCAUUUAGAUGACAAGUUUGAGCCUCUGUUAGAUAAACUUCCUCAUUCUGGUCUGUUCAUGGAGAGAUUGGAAAAAGAAUGGCUAUCCAGAACUCAAGAAUGGACAUUGCAUUACCGCAUUGGUGUUGACGUUAAUCUAAUGGGAGCAUCGAAUGCUUUCAACAAACUGAGAAAAUUUAUUCAUUUCAAGGGAACAAAGAAUAUGGACGAAAAUUUUGAGCAGAUAUUGAAAAUUGGAUAUGACAAAUGCUUUCUGAGGUCAAAACGAAUGUUUAAAGGAGAUCAAAAAUUCAGCCGAUAUCUUGACAAAAUUACAGAAUAUCAUACAAAAUCUCGUAAAUUGCCAAAUGCUUCAGUGAUUAUCGAACCCGGUGUAGAGGAUACGUGGAUUGUUUCCGUUGGAGAAAAUUCAAAAUUUACUGUAUCGUACAUCAACAGUCCAUGUGAUUGCAAGCUGAUUUGCAGACAUUGUAAAGUUUGUCAACACAUGUACGCUUGCACAUGUACAGAAAAUACAAUCUCAAACAUAAUGUGUGAACAUAUUCAUCUUGCCCAUUCUGAACGAUAUAACAUUGUAGACGAGCCAGAGCUGAUUACAGGAGAUGUUUAUCCCGAUGCAGAAUUCAAUUCGGCAUUUGGAAAAAUCGAAACUUCUGGAACGGAACAAAAUCCUGGCGCAGUCAUUAAUAUUGAAGCCGUCCUGAAAGCUGCAGGCUUAUUUCACCGAUCGGACGGAUUGCAACCGGAUCAAAUUGUCUCCAUAACGGACGCAGACACACACACUAUAAUUUAUGAGAAUAAUGCAACUAGUAGUGGUGAUACUGAAAUAUGUCAAAUUAUGGUAGACCAUCGUCAAUUACAAGACAUAUCGUCUGGAAUUAUCGAUACGACGGAGGAGGAUUCCCAAAAUUAAGAAAUAUAAUUUAAUAGUUAGUUAUAUAUAUAUAGCAAUAUGUUUAAAAGCUCAAAAUUGGGGGGUCAUGACUCAUAUGAGGUGAGUAGGGUUGGUACAGAUCAUUGUUUGGGGGUUAGUGACUCAAACUGGGUUUAAAAAAUUGGCAUGAUGAUAUUAGUUGAUUUGUAAAAUAUCUAACAAUAGAAAUUCAAAAUGUUAAUGUUGAAAAAUAAAGCACUUGGUUCGGUUUUUUUAAGUUUCAUAUAAAUUUAAAUUUAAAUCAUGUUUGACAUUUUUUUGCCCUGAGCGUCAGUCUAUUUGAAGGGGGUUACACACAAUGAAGACUUAUUCUUUGAUAAAUUUGAUAAAUACAGUAAACCCUGACAAGGGCUUUAUGAACGUUUAACAAUAUGAACGAUAAAGGACGUUUAAUAUUUGUCGCCAAUUGAAUAUGCUACUCCAUCUCCAUGAUAGGAAAAUUAUGUGAAAUCAUGGAGUAUAAAUAAUUUGUAAGAAUGUAUAUUAUGCUAUAUUUAUAACGCAGACUAAAUUUAUAUUGAGACCAUUCGUAUGAAAACUAACAAAUAAUUUAACGCUUUCGGAUUACUUAUCAUGUGUAUAUUCUCGUCUUUACUGAUAUUGUACAAUUUUAUUAUGCAUUUGUCGCGUUACCAUGAUACAAACCGUAUUUAAAGUAUUUAUGUUUAAUAAAAAAAAUAGCCACUUCUAAACUCAAA